CUUGUCGUCAACAGCGUACACAAACACAGUCGACCCCAAGGUUGGACUUAUGUUACUCCUUUUUGUCCUGACAGAAGGACUAACAGGUGUGGACAUUCUGACUGCUCCCCGUAUGGAAACACAGAGUCGUCACAGGAGGAUUCACAGCAGAAGGAGCUGACAUGAGCGCAGACAGAGAGUCCCGUCAGGAGAGUGAUCAUGUUUCCCCUUCCAGUCCCUGCAUCCCUCUUCAAAAGAACCAUGGGCGCUCCAUCUCCAUUUCAGUGGUUCCAUGGUCAGAAUCCUCCAAGCUUUACACAUCGGCUGAGGAACUGAGUGAUGCCUUUUCUCCGCUUGGCUUUCCAUCCACCAGUAAUAUUUCACAAUCAUUUGUUUCUCUAUCCACAAAAACUCCUUCCACUCCAUCUCGCAAACUGAUGCAGCUCCUUCCAAAGUUAACACUAACACGAAGCAAGAGUCAGGAGUCUCAGAUGGUCAGCCGCAUUGAGCACCAAGGCAGCAACUGCGACGGAAGUCCCAAGUCCUCUACUUGUAUGCGGAAGAACAGAACAGAACAGAGCCACAAUGAUGGUUUUGGAAACUCAGUUGAGGAGACGACAAUGCACUCUCAUCAGCAGUCUACAUUCAACCAUGGACUUCCUCCCACAUCUGCACCAUACACAUCCUCUACCUUUCCAAAUUUCCAGGACAGCACUGCCGUGCCUCAGAGUUCACCCCAGACCAUGAGGAGGGGCAUUGGGCUGGACGUCACACACAGGUUUUCCACCAAAUCUUGGUUCUCCCAGACUUGCCAAGUGUGCCAGAGAAGCAUGAUGUUUGGUGUCAAGUGCAAACACUGCAAGUUGAAGUGCCACAACAAAUGUACCAAAGAUGCUCCCUCCUGUCGAAUUUCCUUUCUCACAUCACCAAGAAUGAGGAGAGCAGAAUCAGUACCAACGGAUAUCAACAAUCGAAUUAACCACACAGUAGAAAUUCCUCUGCAAUUCAGGACACUACCCAAGGCGGUUACCAAAAGAGAACAUGUGGCGAGUAUUAAUCCUGUGGAUUCGAGUAGUAACCCAUCCUCGGCCACGUCCUCCACACCGUCUUCUCCUGCACACUUACCGCAAAGCAACAACUUCAGUGACAUCCCACGGCAGCCCCCGAACAGAUCUCCUCAGGCAUGCAGAGAUGACUGCUUUGACUUCCAAGAUGUUCCCUCUAACAGUCUGAAUUUGGCUUCGGACUCUUCUGCCACCGGACCAUUACAAGAAUGUAGCAGUAGAACAGCAGCACCCACAGCAAAGGAGUGUCAGGACAACAGCAAAGAGGAAAACGUUUGCACUCAGAGUGAAGAUGUGGACCGCAAAGAAAACAAUGAGGAGGACGACGAAGAUGGGCUACAGGACCUGCCCACUUCCAUAUGCCAUCGUGGAGUUGCUCGACAUUUGAGGGGUCACGUCUCACGCCAGGCAAGCCAGACAAGUGUUUAUCUACAGGAGUGGGAUAUCCCAUAUGGGCAGCUCCAGCUGGAAGAGCUCAUUGGCAAGGGUCGCUGGGGGAAGGUGCACAGAGGACGCUGGCAUGGGGAGGUGGCUAUUCGUUUGCUAGAAAUUGAUGGCAACAACCAGGACCACUUAAAAAUCUUUAAGCAGGAGGUGAUGAACUACAGGCAAACCCGGCAUGAGAAUGUAGUCCUGUUCAUGGGGGCCUGCUUGGCACCACCCCACCUCGCUAUUGUCACCAGCUUCUGUACUGGAGUGACAUUGUACUCUGUUGUAAGAGAAAGAAGUCACCUGCUGGACAUCAACAAAACUCGACAGAUUGCACAGGAGAUUGUAAACGGAAUGAGUUAUCUGCAUGCCAAAGGGAUCAUUCACAAGGAUCUGAAGUCCAAGAAUGUCUUCUGCGAUGCAAGCAAAGUAGUGAUAACAGACUUUGGUUUGUUCGGGAUGUCCGGUGUUGUUCAGGAGGGCAGAAAAAAAGAUGCACUGCGGAUACCUCGAGGUUGGGUCGACUACCUGUCCCCGGAGAUAGUCCGUAAAAUGAGCUCAGACAUCACGGAGCAACAGCUGCCAUUCUCCAAAGCUGCAGAUGUUUAUGCUUUUGGCACAAUCUGGUAUGAGCUUCACAUGAGAGACUGGCCUCUGAUCAACCACCAUAUAGAAACCAAAAUUUGGAUGGUGGGAAGCAGUAAUGGCAUAAAAAAAGUCCUGUCAGAGAUCAACAUGGGCAAGGAGGUCACGGAGAUUUUAUCAGUCUCCUGGUCCUUUGAUCCAGACCACCGGCCAACUUUUUCACUGCUCGCCGACAUGCUGGAAAAACUGCCCAGACUGAAUCGAAGACUGUCACAUCCUGGACACUUCUGGAAGGCGACUGAGUAUGUGUCGUAGGUCUACUCACAAUCAUUGGUCAACCAGAGAAGCACAACCACCAAUCAAAAAGCCACUUGUUCUUUGCUUCUGUAAAAACGAAAGCCAUGAAUGUACAUAAACUGUUAAUAUGAUUUUGUUUAAAAAUGUUGCUGUUUCACUGCUAUAUUAAUAGCAUUACAUUGACAUUGUGCUGAUUUGAUGACGUGGUGUUAUAGGGUUUAACUUCGUGUUGACCAAUGGAACCAUCAAAAGAGAAACAUGUUCAUAUAGAUGAGAUGAAAAGCAAAGCUACAAAAGAUAGUUACCAUUUUUAUGAAAUAGACCAGAAAACACAGUGGAUUAAACUGGACUAAAAAAACAGCAAAAGUCCUCGACAACAGAGGUUGUUGACCAGUCUGGCUGUAGUUUUAAAUAUAAAAGUGCAGUUUAAUCCACACACACACAGAAUACCAGAUAUAUUAGUCAAACAACAGAAUCUACAUAGUUCAAACAGAAAGGUCCAAUUGGAUCCUGUUUUUCCUCUCAGUAAGCAAAUCCCACACAAUGCCACACAAACUCACAGGCAUCGAACGUGGAGCGCUGUCACUGUUUAUGAGUUUAGAUGUUCUCUCUCUGUUCAUGUGGUUGUCCUCAUGCUUGUCGAGGACGCCAUUAAGUUCACACUUUUAUUUAUCCAAGUGGAGUUUCUUGGUACUUAAGUACCUAGCAAAAUCACAACUCAUGCAGCUCCAGUGCUGAUGGAUUCUCUGGUUCUUACAUCAAUAUCAGAUUUAAGGACGGGUUUUGAAAUUGCGCCAUUAGUGUCUCCCAAAAAAAAUUGUGAUGCUGCUCCUCAUGUUUGUCAAAUAGUCUUCAGUGUUUUCGCAGACAGCACAAGACUCCAGAUGCAGCUGCUGAGAGAGAGAGAUUUACUGCAGCCACUUGACAUUAAUGGUAAACACAUGUUCCUCCCUCUCACGGACAAAAACAGACUAUUUAGCAGCGAUUAAAAAGUUGUCCCACGAUGUCCAUAACUGGCACGGUUAAUAGCAUGCAGUACAUCAUCAGUCUUUCCUUUCUGGGUCACAAGAAGGCACUUGACGUCAGCAGACCAAAUGGAUUGUGUAGAGGUAACGUGUUAUGCAGAUCUUUAGAACUAAAUUAAAGUUCUUAACAUUGUAGAUAUGUCUUAAACCAUGGUUUACCGUCAGAAGUCAAGUUGCUUUUUGUUGUUUUUUUUUUUGUUUUUUUUUUCAUCAUACAGUGUUUGAGCAGUCCCCUUCUGCCAGAAUAUUAGCCAGUUUUAUUGGGAUCUUUUGGUAUUGUUCAGUGCUUAUUAAAAAAUUUAAUUGAA